GCGCGAGUUCUACGGCGCGCGCGCGGAGCGGCUGCUGCGGGAGGAGGAGCGCCGUCUGCUGCAGCACGCCGCCGCCCUCGUGCAGGAGGCGCGCCAGCACCACCGCCCCGAACACCCGCUGCACCGCGCUGUCGACAGCUACUGCAAGCAGCAGCGGCUGUACAGCAUGCCGGCCCUGCCGCGGCCGCUGCAGCUGCACUUCCCGCAGUACGCGCCCGAGGAUCGCUCCGGGCAGGCGGCGCGCCUCCACCUGGACGAGGCCCCGCCCUCCACACUGGCCCCGCCCACAACUGACGCGGGGAAAAGAGAUGGACUCCUCCAAGGGGCUAAAUCUGCGAGGGGUGUAGAGGAAGAAACUGAACAAGCAUACAAGCGGCGAGGACCUGCGAAUGGUCUGCAGCGGAAGAAUGUAGAGGAAGAGCUGAAGCUCCCCCCCAUAAGCCAGACAGAUAAGCAGCGCGUCUCGCCGCACGGCAAAUGAUACAAGUUAUAUAGAAAUUAUUAUUUUAUUUUUAUAUGUUUAGAUCUGUAUUUUUGUUUUGUUCAUUGUAGAGAGUUCAUGGCACAAUGGUGAGAUGGGUGACUAGAGAUGACAAAAUUUCCUUGUUCUUGUUGUAUGUUCAUGUAUGAGACACGCCCGCACACACACAAAGAUGGAGACUAUCAAAUAUAUAUUUCAUAAAACUUUAUAUUUUCCAUCUAAAAUAUUAUAUAUAUGCUCUCGUCGCGUCUCAUGCAUUUCAUAAGAUAAAUAAAUAUUCGUUGGGUUUACAAAAUAGUCGUUUCCUUAAUAUAACUUAAAUGUAAUUUAGACAAAUAUUAUAAAUGGCUACAAGAUUCUUUGGUCACAUUGAGUGUAGAUUUUGUUCGACGGUGGAUUUCAUACUUUUGGCUAAGAUAAGUUGGGAUGUCAAAUGAUUAACAGAAAAUUAUAAUUCAUAAAAACAAACCGACAGACCUACUUACAUUAGUUACUAUUUACAAUACUAGGAUAUUUAUUUUAAACUUUUUACAUGUUAAAUAAAAUGUUGUAUUUUUGUGCGCGUUUAAACAAGUGUUGUUUGUAUCAGAGGUAAAGGUUUUCUUUUAGUUCACAAUGAGAUAGAAUUCUGCCAAUCGAUAAUAAAACUCUCGGCAAUUUAACACUAUAUUCCACUUUGGUUCGUUAUUGUCUACAAUGAUAACAAAAAUAUUAUUGUAUCGGAUCAAGGAUUCCUAAAUUAUAAAUCUAUGGAAAUGAUAAAAAAUCUGAAAUGCGACAUGUCAUACAAAUAUAAAUUCUUAUCAACAAUAAAGUCAACGAAAUGUAAACCUAAAAAAUACCUCAAUAUUAUUU